AUGGCUACCACCACCCCCAAGUCAGCAAACGUAGCUGCCGCCCGAUCCAUGGACGUCGCAGAACUUCUCGAGACUAUGCUCCUGAACCUUCCACUCAACGAGAUCCUCCUCAACCAGCGUGUCUGUCGCACCUGGAAGAACGUCAUCGAGAACUCGCCGUCGUUACAAAAGGCACUCUUCUUCCGCCCUUGCACGAGCUUCCAGCUCAGUCUCGUCGAGGAUCGUGGCGUCUACGGUGCCAACUGCAGAGACAUCGAGCACUGCCAGUCACAGCAUCACUACUACGAACGGGAGAUGCGCGGCGACGUGCGCUGGGCACGCGAGGCAACGGACUCGACCGAGUACCGCAUUCUCGUAAACCCAUUCCUCGGCGUGAACGGCCCGGAGUGGAAACGGUACAUCAACAAGAAGGGGCUGUUCAUGAGACUGAAAGCAGGCAAACGACCGGAGGCAUCGUGGCGCAAGAUGCUCUUCACGCAGCCCCCACUAAGUGAAGCGCUGGUCGAUCAUGGCGGGCUUUAUCAUUGGCAUGACAUCACCAUAGAGGGUCGGGCACGAGGAAUAACGUUGAAUGACAUGGUCCAGAGUGGUGAAAGGUUCUAUCGGAGUAUCUGGGCGGUCUGGGGAGAAGAUGGGUUUGCGAGGAUUCCGGUGCUUGAGGAUGGGGGAAAGCCCGCGAAGUGUACUGCUAACACUCUACUGGCUGAGAUGGCGAAAGAGCCGGCUGAGGAUCAAUAUGAUUGGACGAGGGCAUGA